AUGGAUAAAACCAAGCUGGUAUUAGCAGUGUGCACCAUCCUGGCCUGGGCACUGGGAGCAGAAACUAAACAGGUGAAGAGCAACAAUCCGCUAAAACUGGACAUGGCCUCUAAUUCUGUGGACGACUGUUAUCACACCUGUUCAGAAAGGAUGUUCAAAAACGUGACCGAAACGCUCCUGCCCAAGGAAAUCCGCGAUCAGAAAGAUUUCGGCGCCGCUUGGAAAGAAGCACUGAAGCGGUGGAAGAAGAAACCGGUUCCGCUGGUCGGAGGUCUGAAAGAACAGCACGCCAUCGCCAUACGCGCGUACACCCUGGGUGGCCAAUAUCCCGUUUUCAAAGCGUUCAAUGAUGCUACGCGGGGGGGAGCAGGGAAUUACAGAAGAGGGGAAUUCGCUUACAAGUCGCUGCAUUUCUUACUGGCUGAAGCCCUCCGCCUAAUGAAAGAGGAUUAUGUCUCCAAGAGCGUUAAUCAAGCCAAGAGGUGUCUGCAAACAUACCGCGGAACCAAACUGAAGUUUCAGGGCGCUCUCGGCGCAGAAGUCCGAUUCGGCUCUUUCACGUCCAGCUCUCUGAGUAAACGUACGGCGAGUAACUUUGGAAGCGAAACGUGUUUUAAAAUUCAGACAUGCUUUGGUGCCGCUUUGGCAUCCUACUCCUCAAUGACCAAUGAGGAUGAGGUUCUGAUACCGCCCCAUGAGAAAUUUAAUGUCACUAAAAUUUCCAGGAAAGGUCCAAACUCCUGGUGCAAUGUCGUUUACAGCCUUCAGAGCACAGGGAUGCACAGCAAUCUGAACUGCGCUCUGGUCCCUUAA